UUUAAACUUUACCUUUUCAUGUUAGCAGGUCGACGGUGCGCCGUCUAUUUCGCGCAGUAUGAAUUCGCGCGUCGCAAAAACUAGUGUCCCGGUAUUUUUGUGAUGGUGUUGUGUCGUGUUGAAUCUUGUUGUGAGGAGAUAGGGUCUGUUGAUGGUCAGUGAGUGUUGUGUGACGGUGCUGGGAUGACGGAGUAUGCUGACUGUGCGCAAUGCCGAGUACCUGGGUUCGUUCCCGGCGUGCGGCGGCGAGCGCGCGCUCUCCGACCAGCUGCUGCUCAUGAAGGAUAGCGAGUGCGCGGUCCCGGUGUUGAUCGUGGUCGCGCCGUCGGGGGUCAAAGUAUGCGACCCCGAGGAUCAGAGUGUGCGCAUGUACCACGCGCUGCGGCGCAUCUCGUUCGCGACGUGUGAGAGCGCGCGCUCGCUGUUCGCGUUCGUGGCGCGCGAGCGCGCCGAACCGCGCGCCGAACCCUACGCCGAACACGAACCUGCGCCGAGGCACUACUGCCACGCCUUCAGGACCGAGACGCCCGAAAAGGCAGAAGAACUGAAUUCGCUGGUGGGAGAUGCGUUCCGAAUGGCGUUCGCGUCGCAGCUUCAGCCCUCCGCGCCGCUUUGGAGCGCGGAGCUGAGUGGCGGCGAGUGUGCGCGCGCGCCCGACUCGCUGCCCGGCCUCACGCACCACUACCCGCGCUCCAGAGACAGGUCGCCAUCGAAAUGCGACAUAAUGGGCAUGCAGCACGAGGCCAGCCCCACCAGCUCGGAGGAGUCCAACUCCCCAACCGAGAUCAACUGCUACCGGCGGCUGGGGGACCGGGCGCCGCUCAUGAAAAGGCUCAUGGGGUUCAGCGGAGCACUAUUACAGCCAUCGGAUGAUGACUCAACGCCGCUAGUCGCUGACACUCCUACCACCCCGACCAACCUGCCGCUAUGCAUGAACGGGUACGUGAACGAAGCCUCAGAAGCCGAGGCGCGCAGCCGCGAGACGCGCGAGUCCAACCGCGAGCUCACGCCGCGCCACGACAGCCUGCACAACCUCGAGGAGUUCAAGACUAACCAUAUCAAGAACGGGAGUGGCUCAGCAGGUUGCAGCGCAGCAACAUCAUCAUCAUCAGGAGCGUCGUCGUGCGGUGGGUCUCACGGGUCGGGGAACAACAACGUGCCGAGAGCGGAGCCCGAGCUGCGGCAUGCGCCGUGGUUCCAAGCAGGGAUCCCUAGAGAGAUAGCACUAGAAGUACUAAGCAACCAGCCAGUGGGCGCGUUCAUGGUGCGCUGUAGCACCACGCAAACCGGCUGCUUUGCGCUUUCCGUGCGAGUCCCACGCGACUUCCAACCCUCGGGCAUCGCACACUACCUCAUACUGAGGACGCCUAAAGGAUACAAGAUCAAGGGUUUCACAAAAGAGUUCACCUCGCUCUCAGCCCUGGUGACGCACCACAGCGUCAUGCCCGAGCUGCUGCCGUGCCCGCUGCGCCUGGCGCGCCGGCCCGCGCCGCCGCGCGCGCCGCGCGACCUCGAGGACGCGCCGCACACGCCGCGCCAUCUACCCUUCCGCCCGCAGCUCGACGUAUAGCACAAGGUUGACCUCCUAGCUAAGAGGCUGGAGUAUCUAUAGGUGGAGGACUAUUGAAGCCGGCCAGUGCUUUGUGGAUUUGACUUAAUCGAUUGUGUGGACGAUAAAGUGUCUAAGGAUACUGAAGGAUUGGAGGGAAAGGGUCGUCGAGUGAAACGUUGAUCUCCGGCAUCUUAAUUGUUAAAUUUUCAUAUGUAGCAGCUUGUGCACACGUUCACGUUGAAGACAUUAGUAUGGUGCGUACGUGAGUGAAUGGAAAUAUAAAAUCACAACAAUAUUUUUUUAUGUGGAACCCAACUAGUGUAAUGAUGACUUUGACCCAGAAGCUAGUUCUUAGGUCCUAGUCGUACUGGGGGUAUUCAGGUUGUAGGUUACAGCUAAUGCUAAAAUGUUAUCUGAUACUUAGUAAAGAAAGUAAAAGUCAAUGGGUAAAAGAGUACCAUAGGGCGAGAACUCUUGUAUUUGUUCUUCACUCAGACACAUUUAGAAAUAAUAAUCGUUACUCCUGUUCUGAUUACUUUCAAUAAGUUGUGUCUUCAGUAAUUCGUGUCGAAGCGCAAGAUUUAGAAGUAGCUAAAUAAUUUGUAAGCCCUAUAGGUUGUCUUUUCCAAAUUGACUCAAACAAGUAGAUAACAUAUCAGCUACAAUUUGUAUUAUAUCGGCAAUCUGAAUCUAAUUAUCAAAACCGAGUUUUUUUUACAGUAGUUACUUAUUCGGACAUUGAAACUAAGACAACGUUUGGUUCGUCGUUACUCAGAAUCUAGGAGCGCAACAAUAUUUUUCCCUUUUGAGAAUUUUUCUAGAAAUUUCAUGAUCUGGGGGCCGACUUUUGAGGCUCACGGCGUUCGAAUUCAGAAAAUAGUCACUGAAAAUAAUAGGCAAAUCACCGUUUUCAACCGGUAUUUUAGUGACAGUGAGACUCAAAAAUCGGCCCCCUGGUCGAUGUUACGAUUUUCCAUACAAAUUAUAGCUGUAAUGUUAUCCAUAUGUCUCAAUAUUAAGCAACGGAAAUAUAAAAUUAGUCGUUUUAAAGUCAUUAAAUUAUAAAAGUGGGGAGCUCUAGUAGCCUUUGAAAAGUUGCAAUAAUUUCUUUUGUGUAUAUGUUUACGAUAGAAAGCACUGUUUAUACGAUCACUACUCGUAUUUUAUGAACAUUAUGAAACAAAUUGUUCAAAUUGUAUUUAAAGAUCAUCUUGAAAAGUUUUUAUUCAGUGAAUAAUUAUACUUACAUAUAAACAGUGCCUACCGUAAAUUGACGUACUUUUAAUAAAAAAAAUAAUGUGAUAUAUACGUCAUGUAUGUGUAAAAAUAUGUAAAAUAUUGUGUAUAUGGAUUGUAACUAUAGUAUCAUGUGUCAUAUCUAAUAGACAUAAUAUAGGAAGGAAUUGAGUUUGCUUUUAUAAUUUUGUAAUAUCCUAGAUUUCUAGUCUUAAAAUGUUAAGGCACUGGUUUACAACUCACGCCUUUAUCAAUGUAUAACACAUUUGUAAUUUGUAAAUAUAUUUGUCGAAAAAUAAUCGGUUGAAGUAUAAAGGAAUGUAUGUGACAAAAGUAUUAUCAUUUUUAGUUUACAAAUUAAUCAAAAGAUGGCGCCAGUUCGUAAAAACUGUUCAUGGUUUACAAAUUUUGUCAAUAGAUGGCGAACGGUAUUUUUUAUUAUUUGAUCGUGUUUGAUAUAAACCUAUAAAAAGUUGACUUUUUGAAUGAAUGAUAUGUUGAAUGAUAUGUUUUUUUGUUGAUCAUCACUUUAUCA